AUGCACUUUUGUCCUGGAACCAUGAAAAAGAUGGUCGACGGAACACUAAUAGUGAUGAGGUCUCACUCUAAUCAUGAGCGCUUAGAUGAUACCCCUGAAUUAGUAGAUGCUUUAAAAGCAGUACUAAAAAGAAGAGCUGCUACUGAAAAUAUUUUAUUAAAAGAAAUUUAUGACGAAGAGUGCCUAAGGUAUCCGAUAGCAGCUAGUUUAUAUCCAUGGCCUACAGCUGAAUCUUUAAUGGGUUUGGCCCGCAGGUCAGUAAUGCCUAGAUUGCCGGGGAGCCUUCAGGAACUAGCCACCUUAUUUGAUAAUGGGCAUCUUCAAAGAUAUAAUUGCUGUGACAUUACAAUAUUUAGGAGCUGUAUUCGUGACCUUGAUGGUAAAACUAGCCUGAUAUUUGCAUGUCCAAUUUUGUCACAAAGUUUAUUUGGAACUGGAAUUGAGGAGCUUUAUGUAGACGCUACGUUUAAAGUGGUUCCAGUAAACAUGGGCUAUCAAUUAUUGAGCGUACAUGCUAUGAUACAAAAUUAUUCAAUACCAAUUAUAUUCGCACUAAUGGAAUCGAAGUCUAGAAAUUCAUAUGACAGUGUAUUUCGAUAUGUCAAAGAUAAUCUUUUAGCAAACAUUUCUCCAAGGAUUAUUAUAAGUGAUUAUGAAUCUACACUUAGAGAUGUUCUACAAUCAUAUUUCCCUGAAGCUCGAACAUCUGGUUGUUGGUUCCACCAUAACCUACCUAAAUAA